AGCGCACGGACGUAAUUACGUAAAACGGGUGUGCAUUGCUCAAGAGCGUCGACAAUGACUCGAUGAAAAUGUAAAAGGAAAGAAAGAACGACGCGUCCGUAGAAGAGAAAGAAGAGUAGAGCGCCUCCAACAAGCCUAGGAGACAAAAGAAAGCGGAAUAAAAAGCGGCUAAUGGCGCUUCGAUGAUUAAACGCGAUUUUUCGUAAUCACGAACAAAGAGCCGCCGAUGUUGUGUCAAUAUAGUGUAUUGCCACAGAUGACAAUGCCUCGAGCUCAUUACAAUCGAGGCAUAUUUCCAAGAGUUGCGAAUCACCAAACGACUACGAGACUCUCGCAUUUUCUUAUUAGCUCUCGCGUCGCCUCGCCGACACUCCGCGGAUUCAAACUAAAAGUCACCAAGCACCAUCAGCAAUUUCUUCAAUUGGGAUAGAAAUUGUGAGCGAGCGAUAAGUUUGUCAAUGCCAGAGACUCGGGAACCGCCUAAAGUCCAUAAGCAUAACGAGUCUCCACUGGCUGAUUAAUCAACAUCGCCAUUACGUCCAGCAAAAAUUUUAAUCCAAAAGUAAAAGUCACUAUGUGGGGAUGGCUAGAGCCGUGAGCCUGUGCGCGCAGUGGACAACCGAUGCCAAUAAAUAGGAACAUUGUCGCGAUGAUAUUGUUCGAAUUUUCCAAGAAGUGUGUUGCAUAAUCAUCAGUCGGGAGUGACGAGGAGCGCGGCGAACCGUAAAAAGAAGUGGGCGCGAGAAGGCUAACAGUAGUAUAAUAUGCCGCAUGACAGAAGCCAGGGUAGGAGAAGUCACAGCUGCCACGACGACCAUGUUGACGAGGGUGUCCCAAUAGUGUGUAAAUGGAGGCCGAUCUGUCGGUGUUUUGCGGGCCGACGUGGGGCGCCGACAGCACCAGUCCCCAGUCGGCCGACGCCAGGCCGAGGAAUCCCACCGGUCAAGCUGAAGCUCAGCAGCAAACCGUCGUCGCUGGCCAGGAAGAUCGCAGGAUACAGGCGAACUCGAUACGAGCCCAGAUCGAAAUAAUCCCGUGCAAAGUUUGUGGUGACAAAAGCAGUGGCGUUCACUAUGGGGUUAUCACGUGCGAAGGCUGCAAGGGUUUCUUUAGGCGGUCGCAGUCUUCAGUUGUGAACUACCAGUGCCCGAGAAACAAGAACUGCAUUGUCGAUCGGGUGAACAGGAACCGAUGUCAGUACUGCCGGUUACAAAAGUGCCUAAGGCUUGGCAUGUCCAGAGAUGCUGUUAAGUUUGGACGAAUGUCAAAGAAGCAGAGGGAAAAAGUGGAGGACGAGGUGCGGUUUCACAGGGCGCAGAUGAGAGCCGCCUCGGAGACGGCGCCGGACAGCAGCGUCUUCGAGCACCAGACGCCCAGCAGCUCCGAUCAACAUCAUUCUUACAAUGGCGGGAUGGCCUCGAGAAUUAUCGCUGAACGAAUUCUACGCGCUGGACUUAAAGGGUUAAAUUACGCGUACGGCGGCAGCGAGUACGCGUCACCCGGGACCGGGAGCUCCGGCUACUACAACGCCCCGAUGACCAACUACGAGCUCAGCGCGGACUACGUCGACAGCACGACGGCCUACGACCCGAGGCCCACCCAGACGCAGGUCGACGCCGUGGCGCCGGACACGCCAUCCGUCACUGCAGCCGGGGUCCUGCCCAACGUCGUCACUACCGGCGCGACGACGACCGGCACAGCAGGCAAUAACGGUGGGGACACUAGUAGCGGGGGUGGCGGUGGUGGUAGCGCUAAUGGCAACGGUAGUAGCGCCGGUGGUGGUAGAAAUACGGUUAGCGGCGGCGGAUCAUUGAGCGGUGGCGGCAUCGUUGCCGUUAAGCAAGAAACCACGGUCGAGCUAGCCAGCCUCGGUCAUGGUUCCUACACGAUGGUCGACUCAACGACCUUCCUGAGCACCCAGCAAAGCACACCGAGAGUCCCAGCCGCCGCCAAUCAGCCUCAGACGGAGGACGAUGAAGUUCCCAGUAUGUCCCUUGCGAGAUAUCCCGCGGAAGUCAAUGAAAUGCUCUCGAAGGCGAUAGCGGAUGCGCACGCUCGAACUUGUUUGGUGUCCACUGAACAGAUACAAGAAUCGUUCCGGACAUCCCAGUCCCAAGACGUCACCAGAAUGUACUACAGAAGCAUGUCUCAUGAGCAACUUUGGCUCGAAUGCGCGGAAAAACUGACGACGGUCAUCCAAGUUAUCAUUGAGUUCGCCAAAAUGGUUCCAGGCUUCAUGAAACUCUCACAAGAUGACCAAAUCGUUCUUCUUAAAGCAGGCUCUUUUGAAUUGGCAGUGCUACGCAUGAGCAGGUACCUCGACCUUCAGACCAACUGUGUCCUUUACGGCGACAUCAUGCUGCCGCAAGAAGCAUUCUUCCAUACGGCUGACACGGCUGAAAUGAAACUGGUAUCUUGCGUCUUUGAGCUCGCCAGGAGUAUCGCUGAAUUAAAACUCACGGAGACGGAGCUCGCCCUCUACAGUGCCGCUGUACUUCUCAGCCACGAUCGACCUGGCCUGAGAGGACACGCGGAAGUCCGAAGGAUUUACGACGCAGUGCUGCGGGCCCUGAGAUCGGAGCUCGAUCGCAGUCAUAUAUCGCCGUUAAAGGGCGACGUGACGGUAUGCGAUGCAAUGGUCGCUAAAAUCUCCCAACUGAGAGACAUAUCUCUCAUGCAUAUGGACGCGCUGGCGAAAUUCAAGCGGUCGCAGCCGCAUCUUGAGUUUCCGCCACUUCACAAAGAGCUCUUCAGCGUCGAUAGCUGAACGCAAGACGAGAUAGUAACGAACGACGAGCACCAGGCCGACUCAUUAUCAAUUCAACCAGUUAACGAUGACAACAUGACGACAUGCUCUGUCAAGAUUAUUUCCUUCGUAUUGAACGUAUUGGGCCUUAAAUAAACAUAAUAUUGUUAUAUAAAAUAUAAAAAGAGCAACAUAAAGUAUAUAAGGA